AUGGUUUUCAAGGACAUGGACAAGAUCAUCCCUAACCGGGUGAACCUCGGCAAGGAGCGUCAGAAAGCGUUGACCGACACAGCCGAUCGUGUCGUGGCCGAAACGUUGCGUGCGUACGAACUGUUCAUUGCCAACAACCGCCAGGUCGAUUCUCGUCUUUGGAAACACGUUAAGUCCCGUGAAAAGGUUCACGUGUAUCGGACGCGCCGUUCCGGUUCCAAGAGGUUAAAUACCGUGAACGACAAGCAGCCAAGUCGACCUCGUUUGCUGUCAAACAAUACGAUAGAACAGCAGCAGCGGGAGGCGCAGGCGGCGGGACGGCCGCACGCCUUCACCCCUGAUGAAGAGGACGACGAACCUCAGCAAAGUAUCGAGAAAUCUGCGAGCAGUACGUCGCAAUCUCAGUCGCAAUCGCAGCACACACAGAGCAUGUCGAGUGACGCCGGCUCGUACUCCGUGUUCCCGGAGGAAAGCGUACUAGAAAAGGUAAAACCGGCGCACGUCCCGCUGGUCGCAGCGAUCGGCAUCAUCGAUGGUUCAGUGGAAGACGUCGCGUUCGGGGCGUUGGCGAACAAUGACGACGCGUGGUUUGAGCGCAAUUCGUACGUUAAGAAUGACGGCUUCGACGCCCGCAAAGUGCUGGCGGCGUUUCAGAACCCGAGCGAAGAAGACCCGUUCCGGUUCGUUGGUCUCAAAUGGGCCACGCGCGACAUCGCCGCCUUUGUGUCUCGACGCGACGUCCUAUUCAUUGAGUCGUCGGGAAUCGCGCUGGACUCCGACGGCGAGCGUGUCUACUACAGCCUCGCGCACUCAAUUGAGCUGGACGACUGCCCCGUGCUGGCCGAUCGGUACAACGUCGUCCGUCUCAACCUGUCUAUUUGCUACAUAAUGCGUCAGGUCUCCGACGCCCAGAUCGAAGUGUACGCCCGAGGCUAUGCCGAUAUGGGCGGCAACCUGCCCGCAGUCAUAGGAUUGAACGUGUUCUCUCAGGGUGUCGUCGACGUGGUGGGCAUCGUCGAGGCGUCUUACCUAAAGAAACUGGCGUGGCAGAUGGCUCGCCGUUGUGCGAGCGACGCGUCCAACCACCCCACGAAGGACUGUGGUGUCUGUGGCAAAAGCACUAGGAAAUUUGGCAAUCUUAUCAGCACUGGAGGCACCUGUGCUAUUUGUCGACAGACGAUCUGUCAGAAGUGUAGCGUUCAGAAGAAGCUGCUCUUAGACGCCGAAGAAGACCUGCAGCGCCAGCUCACAUUCUGCGUUUCGUGUGUGAUUGACGCUCGACAAUUGUCGGCGUGGGACGUUGCGACGCAGCAACUCAAGCUCAAACAGCGCCGGUAA